GCGACUGGGGCUACUAUUUGUCAGCCAUUGCUGCAGUGGUGGCAUAGAAGCAGGGUGCCCCGCAGAUAGCUAUGGCGUAACCUUUCUCGAUUUCGGUUAUUCGUGUGCCGAACGUCAUUUGAGAUGGCCGAGGGUCGCAAGCGCGAGACGACUCACACGUUGUACGGCUUCGGCGAUGGCUUCGACUGGCGGAGCACGUCUUUCUUGGAGCCUUUGCCUUCCGAGCUGGUUUGCAGCUACUGUGGGUUCGUCUGCAAAUGGACGGCGCGGUUGCCGUGCUCUCACACUGCUUGCACUCGCUGCUUCAGAAAAUCCGAGCGAAGGCCGUACACGUGUGUGCUGGAUGGAACUUGCUGCACGGACAGCGGCGUAUCAUGGUCUGCUCUUUCCGAGGACCGACUGGCUCAAUUAAGUAUUCGCUGCUGGAAUGUCAACAAUGGUUGUGGAGCCUCCGGUCCUGCAUUUUAUAUAUUAAGCCAUUUCCUGAGGGACUGUGAGUACCACGCCGUCAUGUGCAGUUUCUGCAGCAAGAGUUUGCUACUGUGUAAUCUAAAUCGGCACUUGGCGUCAAGGUGCUUCCAAGCUUUCCUGGCGAAUGGUGCGCUCGCCCGUAAAGCUGAAACGGAUUCGACGAGCACGUCAUCAGAUGUACCGAGUUCCGUCGAGGAGAAUAUGCCCUCAACCGAGCCGCCAUCGCAUGAUAGUGACAGUGAUAUGAGUUUGACAAAUCAAAGACCUUUUCAACGGGUGCUUGAUAAAUACGAAGAAGCGAACGUUGAGAAAGCCCUGAACUCCGUGCUAGUGGCCACGGUUAGCGUGGAAGACAGCGUUGGCCAAUCGCGCCGUUUGGGUGAAGUUUCUCGCGAAGGUCAAUACAAAGCCUGGGAGGCUUGCGCGCGAGUGAAGAUUUUUACUAUAAAUGGAAGUCGCGAUGCUGCCGAAGAGGUCGACCGAUGGGGUUCUUCAAAAAGCGCGAGUGGGGCAGAAAAUUCGGGUGUACUUACGGUUUGCAACACGGACAAAAUGUUGUACGCCAGUGGGGAAUCUUUAGGACAUUAUCUUCGGCUUUUGUGGGAGAGCAUCCCGUCUGUGAAGGCAUGGCAUGACCAUGCUGACGAGGCACAACGUACGUCUUUCCAGUGGUAUACGAGUUCAAGCAGAGAAGCUGAAGAGGCAAAAGAAACGCUAACGGGGCUGACAAAUGGAACAGUAACCACACAAGUCCACUCAACUCAUGGGGACGAACCUGACGGCACUGGUGAACAGGAAUUCGGCAUGCCGAAAAUCGAGGACACAUCAACGUUGAAAGAAUGCGCGGACCUAAUAAAGUUUGACAUGAAUCGUAAUAGCCACGGGCUACCAUAUUCUGUACUUUUACAUCGGGACUGGCUGCACGAAAACCACCUAAUCACAGCCGAAACACUGAUAGAAUUUGUCAUUGGCUUCUCUGAGGGUAGGCCUCCACAACUCGUACCCGAAUUGGAAGGCCCGAUCACGCUGCUGUCCAAAACGGUGGAGGGCAUUAAUGGCUGAACUAAGAAGCUUAGCAAUGCGGCUGGCAUAUCUCGAGGUGCUACUAGGAAAGAAGCGAUCGUUAACAGGCAUAGCAGGAGUGUACACAGCGGAAGUGGGUAAUGAACCUCCUUUGCUUCUGUCACGCCCAUUUACCCGCAGGCUGCCCUAAGGUUUAUGAAGCAUCUUGUUUGGAGCAUUCAAAACUGGUCCGCAUUGAAGGCAACAGCAAUGGCUGGCAGCCAAGCCUACGCACGCUGCCACAUCACCCGUUCAAAGGCUACGGCAUCACAUCACUCCAACGCUGCUGAUUCUAAAUUGAGAAGGUUCACUUGGUGUGCACUUAGCGUUUUUCGUCUGCAAUAAAGCAUUUGACAAUUUGACGCCCUGUCCUAUUGAGAAAAUGAUGUAGUUGACCUUCCUGCACCACGAGGAUAAGAGAUCGUGGCUCAGGCUUACAACUGAACGCGAGGACGAACGAACGAAGCGAGUGCUGCAUGACGUCAAAAUACAACGAGGGGGGCUCUACACAAAGCAUAAAAGCCAUUACAGUGGAAGAACUGGAGUCGAAGGGUCUCAAUAUAAACGACGAAGUUUCGUUGACGUUUGAAGGACUGGUGGUGCCCAGCAGCAGUUGCCGAGACUGAAGCCGGCAUGAGUCUUCGCGUAACGUUGAUUUUUGGGUCUCAUUAAAAGUUUUUUAGCAAGUUAGUUGCGCCUAAUCGAAGUUAUACUGUCUUUUUUUUGCAAACGCUUCCUGUACAUAGCUUCCAGCGAUCCUAAAACUUUUCCAACCAUAAAGAAUGCUGUCGCAAUGGCGUACAAAACAAUAUAAUUGGUGCCGCAUGACUACUAUAUGAGUGACUAGAGACGCUUGUAAAGUAAUUUUUAUUGAUGUAAGCGUAGUAACUUACUAAGAUUGUGACGUAUAGUAGGGAUAGUUUACUGUUGUGAAUGUUCCGUUGAGUUCCGGAUAAUGGUUGGUAGCCUGCACCAACUGUAGGUGCAAGGUGCGCUUCCUUGUUCAUGUUAAAGAGGUGAAAAUGACGCUGCUGUACUGAUCCUGUGACUAUAGGCUGAGAGCAUUACGGGCAAGCAGAUAUGCUUGAAGUUCGUAUUCCUGCAUUCAACAUGGCCGUACUUCGAGAGCGCAAUCAGAAGACUGAAAACUCCUAAGUCCUCACUCAUAAGGAGACAUUACGCGUGAUAUUGAAAAGCCCUUUCCAGUGACCUUUACGCAAAACAGCGUCUCAAAAUGCAACUCCCACGUUAGGGUGUCGUUUUACUGUCUUAAUUAUGCGUCGAAUAAAUCUGUUCUGUGUUGACAA